CUGUGACCAAAUAAAAUAAUUUCCAUUUUUAAAGUAAUAAAAGAAAGAGUCAAAGAGUUUAUCAGUAAAAGCACAUGUCAGCCCUGUUCAUGGUAAAAGGGGAAUUAAGUGUAAGUAAAAAUGUUGACAAUUCUUCUCUGUGUCAGUGGUCUGGGGGCUUGAUCUCCUGUUGAAUGUAUUUAUGUGUAUUGUGUUAUCUGAUUCUAACAACAGGCAUUCUUAUUAGCUCACUUUUCAGAGGUGGAAACCAAGGAUUUGAAGUAACUUCUUCCAUGAGCCAUAACUAAAUAGAAGAGCUUGGAUUUGAACCCAAGCCUGUAUGAGUCUGGAGUUGAUGUUCUUACUUAUUUCAGUGCAUUGUCUCCCUUACUUUUGUCUUGGGCUAAACUGACCACUGUUGAAUCCUACAUCUGUUGUAGAGUGAUAACCUCCACUAAAGCCUUCUGUGACAGAGUUUUUUUUGUUGUGACAUAUCAGACAACAAAAAAGGGAAAUUGGCUGCAAACACUCAGGCUACAAACAAACCAAAAUCCAAAGAAGGAUAAUCAGUAAGUGCUUUUUAUACAAUUUUAACAGGUGCUGAUUCAUUAUGAGCAAUAGUGAUUCAAGGGGUUCUUCACAGCCAUUGGUAUAAUUGCCUACAAGAAAAUUACUUAGAUACUAUCUUUGGUUUUAGGAAAUACAAAGAACUAAGACCAUGAUUGGGUGAGCUUUUCUUGUUUAUCUUUUCUAACAGUUUGGUCUAUUGGCUCAGGGGUCCGGGGUCUGUCAUAUGAUAAUUGCUGUCUGUGAUGUGGGCUAUGUGUGAUAUUGGGUAGAUCUCUAACUUGCUUCCUGAGGUAAAUUGUCACUUAGUUUAGUUUUGGUAGGCACUUCCACAGUCCAUCCAACAAGUUAAAGCACUCAGUCCUACCCCUUUGAUACAGUUUCUUAGUGUCUGAAUCCCUAUGGAUCCUGAGAAAUAAAUUGACCUGUUGUGGUUAUGGCCUUCUGUGGUUAGGUUAACCCUUUAUUCUAUUGAUAAUCUUUAUAUUUUAAUAUAUGUUUGUUGACAGACCCAAUGACCCUUUUGGGUUGGUUUUAUGUUUUUAUUUUGUUUGUUUCUGGGUAACAGCUUGCAGCUAGAUAUGGAGUUAACAGUGCUGGCACAAUUUAGGAUUGCCUAGGUCCCUGGGAACAUAAGGAAAAUGGUUGUUUAAAAGCAAACAGAGGACAUCGAUCUGUAAAAUUGUGUAUUCAUUAGUUUUAUUUGUCAAUUCUAAGUGGCAUUCAACAAAAUCUGUUUACUGAUAUAAGCCCCACAAGUAUUUUAUUCAUCUCUUUUGCAAACAUAUAAUUAUGUAAAUGAUUUGAAUGAUAAAUUUCUAUUAUAGGUACAAACAAGGACACGCUCAUCCUUCAAUGCUGUGUCUACCUAUGGAAAAUGAAGUCAGAAGUUGAAAUAAUUAUCUGGUUGAAUCGUGGAAAUGCUUUCUAUGGGGAAAGCAGCUGGUUUAUUGAGUGAGAUAAUAAUAACCACAGUUUGCAACAGUUCUUUGGGAUAACCAACACUUUCACAUUUACAAAAUUGGCCCUUAUCGUAGUCUUGGCAGAUGCUUUGGGAAGCAAUGUAUUUACUAUUUUACAAUAACAUUAUAUAAUUUUGGAAUGAAUAUACCUUGAGGAGUUGCGCUUGAUCAUGUUAGGUCACGUUGUAUAAACAAUUGGUUAAGAAUUAGAAAAGUCUUAAGACUGGCUUAUGUUGAAUAUAUUGUUUCUAUUCUUCACUUCCAUGGUUGUUGCCCUUUGUACAUGUAUUUGAUAUUUAUUUAUAUGGUAGGGCCAUUACAUUCUGAUCAUAAAUCAUGUGGAAUUUCUUUUCCCUGAGGUGCCUAAUUUAAACAUGAACAAAUGAAUCAGAAGGUUUUUAACCUUGAGAUCUGUGCGGAGACUAUACAAAGGCCAUCCUUGCUCUGAAGUUCUCCCCGAAAAGAAACAUUCUCACUGCUUGUUAUUGAUCCAGUGCAAUGGACUUUGACUUUGGAGGCAGAAAAUCCCAGAUAUACCUUUUGUUAAUUUUUUAACUUAACCUCCCAAAUUAAGGUUAUUAAGGGUAAUAAAAUCUAAUAUGGACUGUAUCCUAGAAACUAGGCACUGAGCAAUUGCUUUCCUUGCGUUAUUUCACUUAGUCAACAACACAACAUUUUAAAGUAGGUAUUAUUAUUUUUGUCAGUUUCAGUUUUCAUUUUAAAAUGCUGAAUUAAAAAAAACACAAUAUAUACUCAUUUUCUUUAAGCAUACAGUUAGGCACUUUUUCCAUUGGUCUUUAUUUUUUAUACGGAAUGAAGUACUUCAUCUUAAAGGCCCCAUUCAGCUCAAACUUUUAAAGAAACUUUUGGGGGAGUGGGCAUGGCUUCCAAAUGUCUCUUAAAAUACAUGUUAGCUAUUCUUUUAUUUGUAGGUAAGGCAGUCUCCUGGAGAGACUGCAAGUCAUCCUGGUUCCCAUGCCCUGUCAAUGGGAGGCAUAACUAAUACAUUAUAGUCCUCCUUUCCUCAGAUCUUGGAUGUGCUUCAGAAUCCUCCUCAACAUUUCACUCUAGGUAGCCACUCCUAACAAGUCAAAACUGGCACCCACUUUAAAAACUAUUUGUCAUCCCUACCACACGUGAAUGUUUCCAUUCCCACAUAUUGAAACUCUGGCUGUUUUAAAGAGUUUAACCUCAGCUCUGGUUCAUAGCUCAAGAAAUUUCUUUUUUUGUAUUUUUAACAGCAACAAAGGACUUAAAAUAAUUUUGCUUAUGGAUUCACCAAUACUUUGAUGACUAUGCUAAUAUCAUAUACUCGUUUGAGACAAACAUCUUUCUUAUAAUUUCAGAUUCUACACGGUCACUGUUAGCUUCCACCUUUUCCUCUGAAAUAUGCAAAACCAAAGCUUUAUAACUGAGUUCGUCCUCUUGGGUCUUUCAUGGAAUCCAAGUGUUCAAAAAAUUGAAUUUGUUGUAUUUUUGUUUUGCUACAUGGCAACUGUUGGGGCCAAUUUGCUAGUUGUGGUGACCAUUGUCAAAAGCCCGACACUCCUGGGAUCCCCCAUGUACUUCUUUCUGGCCUUCCUGUCCUUCCUGGAUGCCUGCUAUUCCUCUGCAUUUGCACCAAAGAUGAUUGUGAACUCUCUCUAUGAGAAGAAAACCAUCUCCUUCAAGGGCUGUAUGACCCAGCUCUUUGCUGAGCACUUCUUUGCUGGAGUGGAGGUGAUUAUCUUCACCGCCCUGGCCUACGACCGCUAUGUGGCCAUUUGCAAGCCAUUGCACUACCCCUUUAUCAUGAACUGGAGGCUCUGUGGUAUCCUGAUGGGGGUAGCCUGGACGGGUGGCUUCUUACGUUCUGUGAUACAAAUUGUCUUUAUUUUCCAGCUGCCCUUCUGUGGCCCCAAUGUUAUUGAUCACUUCCUAUGUGAUUUGUACCCAUUAUUGAAGCUUGCCUGUACUGACACUCACAUCCUUAGCUUUUUGGUUGUUGACAGUAGUGGGUUUAUCUGCAUCAUAAUCUUCUCCUUGUUGCUCAUCUCCUAUUGUGUCAUCUUGCUCUCGCUAAGAACUCAUAGCUCUGAAGGACGGCUGAAAGCUCUCUCCACCUGUGGAUCUCACAUUGCUGUUGUGGUUUUAUUCGUUGUCCCAUGCAUAAUUGUGUAUGCCCGACCUCCAUCUGCUUUCUCCUUCGACAAGAUGGUGGCCAUAGUCUACACCUUCGUAACUUCCUUGCUCAAUCCUUUGAUUUAUACUUUCCGGAAUAAGGAAGUGAAAAAUGCCAUGAGGAAAUUGUGGGCCAGAUUGGUGGUGGUUUCUGAUGAAAAAUAAAACAUUAAACUUAAAAAAAUUAAAUUUCAAGAGGAAAGAAAUCAAAAUGGGCUUGACCAAAUACUUUAUAGGGGCUGGAAACUGUAUUGCUGACAGUAAUGUAAUGCAACAGAAAAAUACUAAUGGGUAGGUCAGGAAAUGCUAUUUGCACCCUCGGGUCACUCAUAUCUUGGAGUUGGCAGCUCAGUAUCGUCUUAGGGAAUCUGAGGAGAGUUGAAUUUUAUGUUUGUUUAGAAUAUAAUAAUGAAAAGAAUUCACUAAAAGACAGGAAUCAGAUUAUUAAGCUUCUUGCCAUUCAAACCAUACUUUGAAAAACUUUUAUGGAAAGAAGGAAAAAAAAUCUUUGAUAUCAGGAAUAGGAACUUCCUGAAGCUAUUUUAACUGAAAAAAAAAGUUUACUUGUAGAGUACUGAUCCUAGUUGAGCAGCCCUGGUGGCACUGUAAGUAAGCCCUCGGCUGCUGAUGUAAGGAGUGUUUGUUCGAAACCAUCUCCUGCUCUACAGCCGAAAGAUGUGGCAGUCUGCUUUCCUUAUAAAGAUCACAAAUCUGGAAACCUUUCCAGUCACAAUUCAAGGGAUGGCAAUGUUUGUUUGUUUGUUUAAGGCACAUUUCUUCCUAGCUAAAAGACAUUUCCCAGCAUCCAAUGUAGUUAGGUGUGGCCACGUGAUGAAUUAAGGCCAAUAAAAUAUAAAUGAAGGUGGUAUAUUAAAUGAUAAUUCUGUGAAUGUGGAAUCGUUGUGGGAAUUCAGGCAGCCAUUUUGGACCAUGAGGAUGUGUGUUAAGGUUAGCGGAAAAGCAACACUGAAGGAUUCCAUAUCCCUAACAUAGAGUUGUAAUACCAGCCCCAUACUACUUGGCUCAAACUUCAUUUAUGUAAGAGAGAACUAAAUUUCCAACUUGUUUAAGUCACUGCUAAAAAAUAAAGUAAUAUCAGAAUCUAUAUCAUCUAUUACAUUUAUGAACUGUUCUUUAAUGCUGUGAUAUUCCCUGUUAAUUAGUUCUCACAAAUUUCGUAUCAUUCUGUGGGAUCCCCAAAUUAGUUCACGUUAAAUAGACUUUACUCGUUAAGCAUGUUAUUUAACAGCUCAAUGUCUGACU